AUCCAAGUACCCCACGACGCUCCCUGGCCUCCAACAAUACAACCCCAACCUAUUAUUUGCCCAAAGAACUACGCCAACAUGGGCAACCAAUCCUCUGCGAUGCUAGACAACAUAGCCCAAGGCUCAAAUUUCGACCGGGAGGAGGUGGACCGUCUGCGUAAGCGCUUCAUGAAGCUUGACAAGGACAACUCCGGUACCAUCGAACGGGACGAGUUCCUCGCGCUUCCGCAGAUCUCCUCGAAUCCCCUCGCUACCCGCAUGAUAGCUAUUUUUGACGAGGACGGUGGCGGCGAUGUCGACUUCCAGGAGUUCGUGUCAGGACUCUCGGCCUUCAGCAGUAAGGGGAACAAGGAGGAAAAGCUGCGAUUUGCCUUCAGGGUCUACGAUAUUGACCGGGACGGGUUCAUUAGCAACGGGGAGUUGUUUAUUGUGCUGAAGAUGAUGGUGGGCAGCAAUUUAAAGGAUCAGCAACUGCAGCAGAUCGUCGACAAGACCAUCAUGGAGGCCGACCUGGACCAUGAUGGGAAGAUCAACUUCGAGGAGUUCACAAAAAUGGUCGAGAACACUGACGUGUCCAUGAGCAUGACACUGGACCAAUUCUGAUUUCCUUCCCCCAUACUCAUUCUUCUUGGUGUCUUUUAGGUUUUGGCGUGGAGUUUUGGGCGGGUGGGCCUUUGGGCGGAUGGGCCUUUGGGCUAGAUUCUUUUGAAAGAUCC